CCACAGCCCAGAUCCUCCAUAUUCAGGAAUGGAGGGGAAUGACCCCGCCUCAAAUCUUUUCUUUUUUUUUAAACACUCCUACUCCGUUAGCCAGGCUUGGUAAUUCAUUUGGAAAGGGAAUGCCCACUCUUUGCAUCGCCCGCGGGGAUCUCCUCUCCUUCCCGAAGAAGGCUCCGAAGAGAAGCCUCAGCUGCCUCUAGCGCUGCCUCUGAAGCUCAAAUGCGACGGAUCGUGAAGAAUAAAGAGUUACAGGCUCCGAAUCGGGCAUAUCUACACCAUUUCCUUGGGCAAAGAGGACCGGCGAGACCAAUUAGCCAGAACCCUGCAGUUUCGAGAAAGACCCAGUUCACGGAACGGACAGCCCCGAAAACCCGAUUUUCGCUGGGUCGAGGACCGUCACAAACUUGAGAGCUCGGCGGGGGCGUGGCUUGCUGUUCCCCCUUCUUCCUUCCUUCCUUUCUUGGCCAGCCCUCUGCUGCUCUGAUUGGCCGCUUCCUGUCCAAUCAAAUCCCAGAAGAAACGUUUUCUUUUCUUUUUUUUCUCUCCGAGGUAGGAAAAAAAAAAGAGUCUGGGAAGCUGAUUUUGCUGAAGACUCGUGGGCGGGUGGAUACUUUUCAUCCCCCCCCCCCUCUUUCUUUUUCCAGAGAGGGGAGUUUCUGUUGUGUGUGUGUGUUUGGAUGUGGGUCCGCGCGCGAGAUUGGGUUCUGUUUUUGGGGGGGGGGGGUUGUUGUUAUUUUGUUUGUCGCGCCUGACUUUCGCAGCGCGUGGCUGGAGCUCUGCGUGGCCUCGUUUCGCCUCCAGCAAUGCGGCCAGGCCAAGAGACAUUUCGGCGUUGAGCUCUCCAGGCUGACCAGAGGAAAGGAGGCGGUUUUACUGCUGGCUGGUUUGUUGGCUGGCUGCGGGUCAGUCGGAGCACACAGUUACUGAGUCUGGGGGUCCAUCUGUCAGUUGAAGGAGUUGAGACAGGAGCGGGUGGCCGCCGGAUCGGCAGGAUGUACACAGCCGGACUCGCACCCUUUUAUGCUUCCAACUUCAGUCUGUGGUCAGCGGCAUAUUGUACCCCGGCCGGCCCAGGCGCUGGCGGCUGUUUCUCCUUGGAUCCCUCGGGGCUCAAGAAACCGUCUUUCUGCAUCGCGGACAUCUUACACGCGGCCGCAGGAGAAGCCUCUGCGGACGGCCUGCCCGGAGGAACCGCGGCCAACCUGGCCUCCCAUUUAAGUGGGAUCCAUGCCCAUGCACAGUACCACGGCGCCGCUUCCCCGCUUAGACCAACACCCAUAGUGGCCCCGGACACUUCAGUCGCCUUUGCCACUAGGCUGUCACCUCUCUCGGCUACCUACCACAACUCCCAUCCUCAGCACCAGCGCUCUCCCACAGGGGGCUCCGGCGGGGGUGCACGAACCCCGGGCGGAGGGCAAAGCCGCCAGACUCACGCCAGCUCUGCAGCCGCUCCCUCUAGCAAAGACUUGAAAUUUGGGAUUGAUCGCAUUUUGUCAGCCGAGUUCGACCCGAAGCUGAAGGAGAGCAAUACUCUGAGAGAUCUGACCUCUUUAUUAACCGCCAGCCGCCCAAGCGGGAUUCAUGUCCCCACAUUACAGCCUCCAUCCGGCCAGUUCUUCACGUCUCUAGAACCCAUUAACGAGACUUCUGGGGUCCUGGGACCCUUAAACACAACCCCAAGGAAUUCCGUUCAGCACCAGUUUCAAGACACUUUUCCAGGUCCGUAUGCGGUGCUUACGAAAGACACGCUGCCUCAGACCUACAAACGGAAACGCUCGUGGUCCCGGGCGGUUUUUUCUAAUCUCCAAAGAAAAGGAUUGGAGAAACGCUUUGAAAUCCAGAAAUAUGUCACCAAACCGGACAGAAAACAAUUGGCCGCCAUGUUAGGUCUCACAGAUGCUCAAGUGAAAGUCUGGUUCCAGAACCGGCGCAUGAAGUGGCGACAUUCCAAAGAGGCGCAGGCGCAGAAAGACAAAGAGAAAGAGCCGGCCGAGAAGGUGGCUGCAGCCGGAGCGGCUCUGGGGCCCGGGCCAGCAGGCGAAGGCGAGCUCGAGCGCAGCCCUAGCCGCUCGGAAGGCGAGAGCGACAGCAGCGAGGCAGAAUCCCUGGAUCUGGAGCUCGGAAGCGACGGGGAAAGGACUGAGCCGGGAGCUCCUCCUGAUCAGGGCCUGCAGCGGCACAUCUCGGAGCUGCACCCACCCGCCGGUUUGGAGACCGCAGCUCACCCCGAGCCGCCGCCUCCUCUCCCAGGCCUGGAGCAAGGCCGGGAGCCUCUGCGGUGCCCCGAGCCUUCGUUUUGCCUGCGGGACUCUCCGUGAUGGCCUCCCUUCAGCCAAGCUGGGAACCUGCCAAGAGCCCCAGCUCCGAGGGCUCAGCCUGACAGAGGCCUCUGGUUGCGGGAUACUAACUCCUAGUGUGGGCGGAGCGCUCCUGAAUGGUUUCCGGGGGAAUUGACUUUGAACGGCGGGUGGAGCUGGGCUACCUUCGGAAUCGGGGCCCUGUCUGUCCCUGUAUGGAGUGUGCGGGGGGGCCCCGGGCACAUCCCUAAAAGACAUGGGACGGCCCACAGGUGAUCCUGCAGGCCUCCAGACGGCGCGCCCUGAACGGGUCCACUCAGGUAGGCAGGGAGGGAAGUUGGGCGCCUUCGCGGCAGAGGGUCCCCCGGCCACGAAGGCUUCUGGUUCGAGGAGCUUAGCAAAGGCCAAGGGGAAAAAAUCGGCUUUUGCACGUUUCGAUCCUCCACUGGCUCCCUGGCAAAUGUUUGCUUGGAAAACGAGGCUGGGAGAGCCAACAGACUUGGAGAAAGAUGGAGAAAAGUGGAUUGUAAAUAAAGAGUUUCUUAAUACUUUAA